AUGAGGAGAAUUAGAAUAAUUUAUAGUGACCCAUAUGCAACAGAUUGUUCAAGCGAAGAAGAUGACAAUUUUUUGAGCAAUGACUAUGAACAUGGUCCUAAGAGAUUCAUCAGAGAAAUCUUGGUUCCAUGCAUGCCAACCGAAUCGUAUGAAGUGGAUGAUGAUGAUUCUUUACAACAAGGUAUCAGCAUUGAUAAAAUCAAACCAUGUCUUAACCUUUUGCGAAACCAUAGGAGCCGGAGAUCAUCCAGCAAGUACAGAGGUGUUCAAAGAAGGAAAUGGGGGAAGUAUGUGGCAAAAAUCCGAGACCCCAUCCGAGGCGUGCGAGUGUGGCUUGGUACUUUCAAUACGGAGCAAGAAGCUGCCAUGGCUUAUGAGAAGAAGAGAAUUGAAUUUGUGAACUCAUUGCUGGCUUUGAGGAGAAUGGUUGGUGUAUUGUACUUAGAAGAUGGCAAUCAAGUGUUGUCUCAUCCAUCUCCAGCAUCCGUGCUUGAUGUCGCGGCGACAAGAGCAUCAUCUGAUAAUGAUAGCAAUGGUCCAGUUGUUGAAGGAAAGGACAAUGUGGAAACAAGUGCUCUUGAAGGUGUAAUGGAACCUGUUCAUGCGGAAGAUCAUCAUUCAUUUCAGCAUUUGCUUGAGGAGUCAAUUAUGCAAUCACUGCUUGGGUAUGAAUUUGAUAGUUUCUUGGUCAAUGACAAUGGUGGCUGUGCUAUGUGGGAUGUGAAAGAUGGUGAAGGUAGCAGCACUCUUCCACAUAUUGAAACUGCUUUUGAUGAUUCAGAGUUGACUUGGUUUGAUGAAACUCUGAAUUUGUAA